GUUUUUUACACAGGAAGAUGGAUCAAAAUGAGGUGGGGAUAUGUGCAUUGGGUAAUCACUUGCUAUGUAGCCAGAGAAGGCGAAGGCAAAUAUUGAUCAUUUUCCAGAGUUUAUUACUGAAGUUACCCCUCUGACAUCAAGAAUGGACAUAAGUUAACAAUGACGGGAGAAAAGAAGAAGAAAAAGCGGCUGAACCGCAGCGUUCUUCUGGCUAAGAAAAUUAUUAUAAAAGAUGGAGGCAGUCCCCAGGGGAUGGGUGAGCCCAGCGUCUAUCAUGCUGUGGUGGUGAUCUUCCUGGAGUUCUUUGCCUGGGGGCUUCUUACCACACCCAUGCUAACGGUCUUACAUCAAACAUUCCCUCAACACACAUUCCUGAUGAAUGGGCUUAUUCACGGCGUCAAGGGUAUUCUGUCGUUCCUGAGUGCUCCUCUGAUUGGUGCGCUAUCAGAUGUAUGGGGUAGGAAGUCCUUCCUGCUGCUAACGGUCUUCUUCACCUGCGCCCCCAUCCCCCUCAUGAAGAUCAGCCCAUGGUGGUACUUUGCAGUCAUUUCCAUGUCUGGUGUGUUUGCCGUCACCUUCUCUGUGAUCUUUGCGUAUGUGGCGGACAUCACGGCAGAACACGAGAGGAGCACAGCCUACGGUUUGGUGUCCGCUACCUUUGCAGCCAGCCUAGUGACGAGCCCGGCCAUUGGAGCGUACCUGUCGGAGACGUACGGUGACACCCUGGUAGUGAUCCUGGCUACGGCCAUCGCCCUGCUGGACAUCAUUUUCAUCCUGGUGGUCGUCCCCGAGUCGUUGCCUGAGAAGAUGAGACCAGCCUCCUGGGGAGCACCCAUCUCCUGGGAGCAGGCUGACCCCUUCGCUUCUCUGCGGAAGGUGGGCCAGGAUUCCACGGUGCUUCUCAUCUGCAUCACAGUAUUCCUGUCUUACCUACCUGAGGCCGGACAAUACUCCAGCUUCUUCCUCUAUCUCAGACAGGUACAAAGGUUCAGUUCAGAGACUGUAGCUGCCUUCAUAGCUGUGGUGGGCAUCCUCUCCAUUGUUGCUCAGACGAUGGUUCUGGGGAUUCUGAUGCGCUCCAUAGGGAAUAAGAACACUAUCCUACUGGGCCUGGGCUUCCAGAUUCUACAGCUGGCCUGGUACGGCUUCGGAUCACAACCAUGGAUGAUGUGGGCAGCAGGAGCGGUAGCAGCCAUGUCUAGCAUCACGUUCCCAGCCGUCAGUGCCAUCGUGUCCCGCAACGCAGACCCCGACCAGCAGGGUGUUGUCCAGGGGGUGAUAACAGGUAUCCGUGGUCUGUGUAACGGGCUCGGCCCGGCCUUCUAUGGCUUUAUAUUCUACCUGUUCCAUGUGGAGCUGACUGAUCUGGACGCUGUAGACAGCCCUGGGAAAGAACCCAAACCUAACAUGGCCAACCCUGCUGAUGAGAGUUCCAUCAUCCCCGGCCCUCCCUUCCUGUUCGGGGCGUGCUCCGUACUGCUCUCUCUGUUAGUAGCCCUGUUCAUCCCAGAGCACAGUGGCCCGGGGGUCCGGCCGGGAGGCUACAAGAAACACAACAACGGGGCCCAGAGCCACUCACACAGCCCUCCCAGUAGUGGGGCUGAGGGCAAGGAGCUGCUACUGGAUGGCAGCUGUGUAUAACGCCAGCCUGGGGGCACAAACUCCACACUUGCUCCCCCUGAGCCCAAACAAGUGAACCAUUACUGUCACACGCGUACCCAGAUGAGUGGCCUCUUCUUCGGGCAGGGAAGAUGUGUGUCUGUGUCUGAACACCUCGUGGGCUGUGGUUUAUCUGAAGCAGCUGAGUUGUGUGUGUGAGUGAGACUCUCUCGGUUGAGCUGAUCUCUGCCCUGAGAGUCUUGAGAAGCAGGAAGAGGAAAAAGGAGGUGGGAAUGUAGAGUUCCUGCCAGAGAGCAAUGCAGCACACCCAUCUGUCCCACAUGGGCGGGAUCUGGUUGGCGUGAAGGUCCAAGGUUAUCUGAACUGUUACUAAGCUCUGUGUGAAUUAUUGGUCCAAAAUGGCACCCUAGUCCCUAUAUAGUGCACUUCUUUUGACCAGGGACCACUAGGGAAUAGGGUACUGUUUGUGAUGCAACCAAUGUAGCCAAGCAACCCACUCUGACAACAACUGUUCUUUCCCUUAGAGAGUCAGUUCUGCUGGCCAGUUUACAAGCUACCAAACUUCUGUUGUGACUGAUUUUAUUGUCUUAAUGUGGCAGACGAGAAAGCAGGUCUUCCUCUGUGUGUGUGUGUCCAAAGCUGGGAGAGAAGUUACUGUAUGCCUCCAAAAUGGCCCCCCAUUGCCUUUAUAGUGCCCUACUUUUGACCAGCUUCUGGUGCACUAUAAAGGGAAUGGGGUGCCAUUUGGGAGGAAAACACUGUAGAACUUGAGAGCCUCUGAAGAUCCAUCUAAGAACCGUUACCCAUCCAGAUGGGGACAGCACAAUAGACAUCAACCUUUAACGAUUUUUCCACAGGGAGUUGAACCUAGCAUUUGACUGACCCAGCUCCAUUCCAUUUGAAUAUCACAUUUAGCUGAGUUGUGUGUAAACCACUUUAGUUUUCCCAUGUUUACCUUCCUGUCGUCUGUUCCAUUAGACUAGCAGACAGACAGUACAGGACCUUUUGGGUUGGGUAUGUUUCCUGUUUUCAUCACUUAAGGCUAGGGUUGCCUUGGAAGUGAUGUUGUCUUCAUAUUUAAUAUAUUACAACAACCUGUAUGAAGACUGUUGUCUGAGGUGGGUCUGUAAUUGUUGCUUUCGCUGCUAUUGGAGCCUUAAGUCAUUUUAGUCUUGUUUUCUAAUUCAACUCCUCACAACCCUCUUCCAUGUGAAUCUAGGCACAACCGUAGUUAACACACAGACUGGCAUGACUGUAGUUAUGUUAACAACCGUAGUUAACAGACUGGCAUGACUUUAGUUCUGUUAACAACCGUAGUUAACACAGACUGGCAUGACUUUAGUUCUGUUAACAACCGUAGUUAACACAGACUGGCAUGACUUUAGUUCUGUUAACAACCGUAGUUAACACACAGACUGGCAUGACUUUAGUUCUGUUAACAACCGUAGUUAACAGACUGGCAUGACUUUAGUUCUGUUAACAACCGUAGUUAACAGACUGGCAUGACUUUAGUUCUGUUAACAACCGUAGUUAACAGACUGGCAUGACUUUAGUUCUGUUAACAACCGUAGUUAACACAGACUGGCAUGACUUUAGUUCUGUUAACAACCGUAGUUAACACACAGGCUGGCAUGACUUUAGUUCUGUUAACAACCGUAGUUAACACACAGGCUGGCAUGACUUUAGUUCUGUUAACAACCGUAGUUAACACACAGACUGGCAUGACAUUAGUUCUGUUAACAACCGUAGUUAACACACAGACUGGCAUGACUUUAGUUCUGUUAACAACCGUAGUUAACACAGACUGGCAUGACUAGUUCUGUUAACAACUGUAGUUAACACACAGACUGGCAUGACUUUAGUUCUGUUAACAACUGUAGUUAACACAGGCUGGCAUGACUGUAGUUCUGUUAACAACCGUAGUUAACACACAGACUGGCAUGACUUUAGUUCUGUUAACAACCGUAGUUAACACAGACUGGCAUGACUUUAGUUCUGUUAACAACCGUAGUUAACACACAGACUGGCAUGACUGUAGUUCUGUUAACAACUUUACCAUAGACGGUUUCUGGUUCUUUAUUAACAAAGUGUCUUGAGUGCUGAUCUAGGAUCAGUGUUGCCUGUUAGAUCAUAGUGAAUAUGAUUAUAUGGUCGGGGGACAACCUGAUCCAAGAUCAGCCACUCCUACUCUAAGAUACUUAGUGAAUAAGUUUCCUUAUCUGUAAUGUUGGUAUCAAUGUGAGCACUGAUAUUGUUAAUAAAACGGUCUGUGGUAAUAUUAUUAGGUUCAGUAAAAAUUCAUAUCAUUUGUUGUUCUGCGGUAGGAUAGUAAAGGUUAAAUGUUGUGUGGCAUUAGACAAGACUGCAAAUGUGGUUUUAGCUCCCGUGUCUGACUGCAAAGGUGUUGCAGAUACUACUGUAAAUCUUUGCUGUUGUACUUUUGAAACAAUAGAUUUUUUUUUGUAAAUGAGCCUCAAGUGCAUUGAAAUAACAAAAUAGAACUGAUUGGUGUCAAAAUGUUGGACAUUUUCAGAAUUUCUAUUUAGUCAAAUUAACUUUUUUGUGCCAUUUUUUUUAAAAAUGUUAUUAUUAUUUAUGACAAAAAACACAAGGGAGAACAUGAAGGACAAACAAUACAGCAUCAAGACACUCAAACAUGUAUCAGUCUUUCCGCAACAGAGCUCUCCUUAUGUGUGAGGGUGCGUGUGCAUGAUAGUAAUAUAAUAUAUAUGUCAUAGUUUCCUUUUUCAUGAUCACAAUCUUGUUUGUUUUUGUUAAUUUGUUUGACUACUUAAUUUUUUUUUAAAGCUUUUAACACUUAGAUGUUCCAAUGUUUUUAGUUGUGGAUUUCUUCAACAUUUUGGGGAUUUAUUGAAUGUUCAGCUUUGCAUUUAAAAACUAAUUUCUCAAUGGUCAGUUCAAUUUAACAAUAAGCUGUUAAUUUUGUUUAAAUGUUAUCAAUAGAUGACAUCACUAGCAUAAUUUAAUGUUCCAAGCAAUACAUGUUGUUAUGCCAACCAAAUCUACUAUUUGUAAUUUCAACCGGGUUAGCAGUGAGGCCAUUAACUCUGAUUUUCUGUUCUACCUGUGUGUCCUAACUGGCACCCUAUGGGUCCUGGUCAAAAGUAGUACACCACAUGGGGAAUAGAUAUGCCAAUGCUCAGAAAAUAUUGAAUUGGACCAACAACACACUUAAGGCCAGUAAAGCCAAUGACUAAGAUCCUACAUGAAUUAUUACAAUUGAUUCUGCACCAGCCACAACACAUUUACAGUUCAAACAUGUAUUUCAGUAAAUGUACAAACAUUUGUUUACUUGACGUUGUGUGCGCAAAACAUUAGGAAAAUCUUCCUAAUAUUGAGUUGGGCCCCCUUUUGCCCUUAGAACAGCCUCAUUUGGUCAGGGCGUGGACUCUACAAGGUGUUGAGAGCGUUUCACAGGGAUACUGACCCAUAUUGACUCCAAUGCUUCCUACAGUUGUCAAGUUGGCUGGAUGUCCUUUGGGUGUUGGACCAUUCUGAUACACACGGGAGACUGAGUAUUAAAAAAAACUAGCAGUGUUGCAGUUCUUGACACAAACUGUUGCGCCUGGCACCUACUACCAUACCCUGUUCUAAGACGCUUAAAUCUUUUGUCUUGUCCAUUCACCCUCUGAAUGGCACACAGACACAAUCCAUGUCUCAAUGAUCUCGAGGCUUAAAAAUCCUUCUUUAACCGGUCUCCCCUCCUUCAUCUACACUGAUUGAAGUGUAUUUAACAAGUGACAUCAAUAAGGGAUCAUAGUUUUCACCUGGUCCUUCUGUCAAGGAAAGAGGUGUUCCUAAUGUUUUGUAAACUCAGUGUGUAUGUUAACUUAAAAGUAGAUGGGAUCCUACCGGUCUGAUUUGCUACAGUAGUGUGGCGCAACUAUACUGAACAAAAAUAUAAACGCAACAGUUUCAAAGAUUUUACUGAGUUACAGAUCAUUUAAGGAAAUCAGUCAAUUGAAAUAAAUAAAUUAUGCCCUAAUUUAUGGAUUUCAAAUGACUGGGAAUACAGAUCUAUGCAUCUGUUGGUCACAGAUACCUUAUCAUGCUGAAACAUGAGGUGAUGGCGGCGGAUGAAUGGCAGAACAAUGGCCCUCAGGAUCUCGUCACGGUAUCUCUGUGCAUUCAAAUUGCCAUAGAAAAAAUGCAAUUGUGUUCGUUGGCUGUAGUCUAUGCCUGCCAAUACCAUAACCCCACCGUCACCAUGGGGCACUCUGUUCACAAUGUUGACCCCUCAGUUGGAUGGAUACCUUGGCAAAGGAGAAAUGCUCACUAACAGGGAUGAAAACACAUUUGAGAGAAAUUCGUUUUUUGUGCGUAUGGAAUAUUUCUGGGAUCUUUUAUUUCAGCUCAUGAAACAUGGGACCAACACUUACAUGUUGCGUUAUACAUUUUUGUUCAGUAUAUAUUUCUCAUACUGACCUUGGUUCUGUGGGCCGCUCCUGUUUUGUAGUCCGAUGUGGCCUGAGCUGAGCCUCCCCUCUGUGACUGGACCGGUGGAGGAUGAUCAUCAUAAUAAUAGCAUGUAAACAUGGGAAUCUAAUGGCAAAGUAUUUAUUAAAGAUUUAUUGUACAUUGA